UAUGCUUGUUUGUAUCUACAACAACUUUCUCUUCUUCAAAGACUUAUAUUUUAUCAAGGCAAUCCAAGGACUAUCCCUCAGUAAGAAAUAAAACAUCCCGCCAGAAAACCCGCUCAAACUAGCUACUUCAAACAAAACAAAGAAAACCGCUAAAAAUUUCUCGCCCUCUCGCAAAUAGCUAUUUCAAACAGAACACAUAAAUCUACAGAAAAAUUACCUUCUCGAUCUUUUUACCCAUCCAUAUAAAAUUUUAUCAAGAUCUUAAAACUCGGUAAGCCAAGCGUUCUGGUUUUCAAACUGGACUACAUAAUCAUCCAAAAUGGCUGAGAGGAGGCAGCCGCUGUCCGUAAUACAAGAUAAAAUCGCCGAAACAAAUAGAGGAUUAUUUACAGGCAAGGUGACUAAAUCUAGCGGGCUGAAGGUUAAGCAGACAAAUUUAUCAGACCGAAAAACACUAGCCAAUAUAACCAACACAGUCAAGCCCCUGCCAAAUUUAGGGGCUGCCACUCCAAGUGCACCACGCAAGGACGGUGCAAGGGCAGGAGUAGAUAGCACUGGAAAUGGCAAGGGAUUUACUGUUAUGGUAGAUCCAGAACUUUUGGGAAAUGAUGGGGUAAAGGGACGUAGUGUGCAGAAGGGCAAGCGAGUUGAGGAGAAGAAAGCCCAUUUAAAGAAUGUGAAAAUGGGUCCUAACCCUAGGUAUGAGGUUACUGAGGAGAUGAAGCAGAAGGCGGAUAUAUGGGCUCUUGAGGGUAUUGAGGUGUGUCAUUUCACUGGAAAAGAUGGCAGAGGAAGGCUAGUGGCCCAGGCUCUAAGCUACAGAUCUCAGAUUCCAUGUUGGUUGCCUAGUGCUCUUGUAGAGCCUACCGAAAUUAAAGACUGCCUUAAGUUAGAAGACCCAGUGGAAGAUCCAUUCAGUAAGGAUUCUUCUUCUUUUCAUGGUUUCUAUCUUGCAUUUGCAAAGCAGAGUAACACAAUUGCAUCAAUUGGUCAAGCAUUUGAAGGCUACAAUCACAUAGUUGCAGAGGGAAAUAUCGUAGUUGUUGAGAUUUUUCAUGCAUUUGACAGAACUAGUCACACAUCUAUUUGGUAAAUUCAAAAGGUAAAGUCCCAAGUUUUGUAUUUUUCAAUUUUGUUCUUCUAUUGUUUUUCAACUCUAUAAUUUUGUAUUUACUACUCUUAGAUAAGGGUUUUUGUGCUACUAAUUGUUGUUGUAGCGUUUUUGGUGAAUGAAGGUCGAAGACUUGCAAAUUGAAAACUACUAAUGUGUGUAUUCUAGGAUCUUGGAAUAGAAUUAGUUUUGAUUUCUUGAGUGUUUGCAUUUUGUAGAGUAAAUCACACUUCAUUUUUGUAAGAGAAACAAGUGCAUUUCGUUUCUCAUGUAUUUACACUUGUGUAGGGUGGUCUCAAACUGCUACACACUUUUGGAUUUGUAGGGUGGUCAUCCUUUGUGAGAGGAUGUGAUAAACACUUUUGGAUUUGUGCUCUGAUAGUCUCUUUGACAUUAGUCUCUCCUAGACUCACAUUUUGAUUUAUGCUUUGAUAGACUUGUUUAGACUCAUGGUUGAUGUUUUGAUGAUAUUUGAUCCUAUUUAG